GGUGUGACUCACAGAGCGAGCAGAGAAGUCUCUGCACAUGCAGGUCUCCGAGCUCCGCAGAAGCCCAGGCACCUUGAGAGGAUCAGCUUGAUCAGAGCGGCACUUCCUCCUCCUGGGCGCAGCACCAGGGUGACAAUCAGCACAGCAAGUCACCUCCGGCUUCUGCAUUGCCAGUCAUCUUCAGAGAGUUUUGAGCAUCCGGGACAUCAUCUUGUUCUCUGCACGAAGGAAGUGUCCCUGCGGCGUGCAGGAAGAAGAAGAUGUUGUUGUGGGUGCUGGCCCUCCUACUCCUCUGUGCUUUUCUGUGGAAGUACAAAGGGCAACUGAAAAUAGCAGACAUCGCCGACAAGUACAUUUUCAUCACUGGCUGUGACACAGGCUUUGGAAACUUAGCAGCCAGAACUUUUGAUAAGAAAGGCUUCCGCGUCAUCGCUGCCUGCCUGACUGAGGCAGGAGCAACUGCUCUGAAGGCGAAAACCUCGGAGAGGCUUCACACGGUGCUGCUGGAUGUCACCGACCCAGAGAAUGUCAAGAAGACUGCCCAGUGGGUGAAGAUCCAUGUGGGAGAAAAAGGUCUCUGGGGUCUGAUCAAUAAUGCUGGUGUCCUUGGGGUGCUGGCUCCCACCGACUGGCUGACUGUGGAUGACUACAGAGAACCCAUUGAAGUGAACCUGUUUGGACUCAUCAACGUGACACUGAAUAUGCUUCCACUGCUCAAAAAAGCUCGAGGGCGUGUUAUUAACGUCUCCAGCGUUGGAGGCCGGCUUGCUUUCGGUGGAGGGGGCUAUACGCCAUCCAAAUACGCAGUGGAAGGUUUCAAUGACAGCUUAAGGAGGGACAUGAAAGCUUUUGGCGUGCACGUCUCAUGCAUUGAACCAGGGCUGUUCAAGACAGAACUGGCAGAUCCAAUAAAGACAACUGAAAAAAAGCGUGCUAUUUGGAAACAUCUGUCUCCAGACAUCAAAGAACAAUACGGAGAAGGCUACAUUGAAAAAAGUCUACAUAAACUGAAACACAGUACAUCCUUUGUGAACUUGGACCUCUCUCUGGUGGUAGAGUGCAUGGACCAUGCCCUAACAAGUGUCUUCCCCAAAACUCGAUAUACUGCUGGAAAGGAUGCCAAGACAUUUUGGAUACCUCUGUCUCACAUGCCAGCAGCUCUACAAGACUUCCUGUUGCUGAAACAGAAAGUAGAGCUGGCAAAUCCCAAAGCCGUGUGACUCAACUGACCGAAAAUCCCUGCCCCAACCUUGAGGUUGGCUGAUUUCAGAGACUUUAUCAUCUCAAUCUUGUUCUUUACCAGAACCAACUUGGACUCAGUUAAACAGUGUUUCUGUUUCCAAAAGAGGGAACAGAGAAGGCCUAUUACGUAAGCCAGUCUUGCCUGAUACUGAAGCCUUGCCUGAUUGGUAAGGUAAAAGAGAAAAGAUGUGUGCUGCUACCUACCCCUGGCUGGAUCAGGAAUUCAGAACAUUAGGCAUUGUCUCUUAUCAAAACAUUAAGUGAUAAGAAGGUCUUUCAUAAGUGGCUCUGAUGGCUCUGUUACCUCACUGAGAAGACUCAGGAGCUCACUAGGUUCCGAUAAGCUUUGGUAGGAACAAGAAAGUGAUAAAAACUUGCUGUUCCGCAGAGCACUGGCAUGAACUGAGAGGCAGCAAGGAGUGAGGAAUGCAAACAGGAGGGCAGAAAAAGACCAGGAAUGAAAGGCAGGGAGACCCCCAACACAAGCCUCACACUCCAGAGGGACACAGAAGACACACUACCGUCGCUACUGUAAAGUCACCGCAUCUGGUCCUAGCCCCAGAGGAAUGUCACCUCUGGCUUCAUCUAGUGCCACACCACAGCAGAAGCACACCAGUUCUGUUGGCUACAGCUGCUCCUCAUUUCGAGGGCCAGGUUCUUGGCUCCGUUUCAUGGCUCCAGACCCUGUGGCUUGCUACCCUUUGAGUCCCAAGGCUGCUCAGGUGUGCAGAAUCCGAAGGCAAUGUCUUCAUUUGUCUUCCCACCAGCUGCACUUCUGUUAAGCUUUUGAGUACUUCCUUCUCAGCUCUAUUCCUGCCAUCAGCCUAACCUAAGAAAUGGCUCGGUGGACCACAGCAGUUCCUCAUCACCUGCUGGUCCAGAGAUCCUGUGAAGGAGCUGCUGCCAUAACAAGCCAGGGGUCACCAGACAAACCGAGUGUCAAGGACUAAUUUCUGUGGCUGAAAGUGGGGCCUGUGUAAACCGUUCAGGCUCAACGUAAAAUAUCUCCCAAAACCCUAAGACAUCUAUGGGCUAGCUCAGCCUAGUAUAUAAUGGGAAACAUUCCCAGGAAGCUUCUAAGAAAAAAAAAUGUUUGAUAGUUCUCAGGGGUCAUAAGACAUCACAGACUCAUUUACUGAUAUCAAGGAAAUAGCUAAACAUUCUCAAAAAGGAAAACUCUGCUAUCUAAGUAAUUUAUAUAAAUUUUCAUCCAAGUGACUGUCUCCUGAAUUCUUGCAUGGCAAACAAGACAAUUCUUAAAGCUAUACUUUUCCUUAACUCUGUGGUUCCUUCCUCCUUCUUUUUGUAACUGGGCUCAACUCCACAAUCUCAUGCAUGACUCCAUCAUACUGUACCACUGAGCUACACCACACUGCAGUCUGGGAUUUAUUUAUUAAAGGGAAAAUGUUUAUAGUUUCCAUCUUAAUUCACUAAGCAUUGCACAAGGCAGAGCACUGCUACGAUCUGUAGUUUGACAAUGUUCAAGCUCUUCUGUCUGGGAUACCUACCUGAGAAAGGUCCAGAUCCUACUCGGUGCCUGGAAAUAUGCUCUAGCCUGCACUAGCUCAAUCAAGGACAACACAACCUUCUGUCAUUUUCUGCUCUACCCAAUUCCUCUGCUAGAGAAGUUGGACACAGAAAGGAUCCCACUAUGGAUAUACAGCCAAAAUGAUGGACAACAGCUAUCUAGUCAAACAUGGCAAGAAGUUUACUCUCAGUCUUCAGCUUGGUUUUCCUCCUCUGUGUCAGCCAUCACUUGAGUAUAUGUGAACCAAAAUGGUGGGACCUGGCCUAUGAGGCAGACAAUGCAAAAGAGAGCUUUCCCACUGGGGUAAUAGGGAAGGCCCAGCUGGUGGCUUAGUGGAUGCUCUAUGCAUGUCGGGUCUGAGAACAGUUGCUGUGUGUUACAUGAACAGUUUCAUCCAACCCUCACCACAUCUCAGCUGUGCUUUUUAGACAUGGGAAAAUGAAAUCACAGCCAAGCGGGUAAUUUUCUGUCAUUUAGAGUACUAGUGAUCUUGGGCCAGGAUUCACCCAGGCAGCCUCAUUCCAGAGCCCAUGCUCAGAACACUGCUAUAUGAUAACGAAUCCAAGGCUUGCAGAAUCUUCCUAAACACUGAUUCUGGUUGUACAAAAGCAAAAUAAUCUUUAAGUCAGACAUCAGUCUUGCCUACUCAGUAAUGGUCGUAAGUACGAGUGAUGAGUAAUUUUGAAAAACGUGUAAAGAUAUUGUCAUUUUUAUUUCUGUAAAUUCUACUUUUAUUUCUACUCACUUAUGAUAAAAUAAUACCAGCAUUUUUACACAAUGUUUCAGAUCUUGGAAGAUAUAAACUACGUUUCUGAAUUUCCUUU